AUGGCUCAAGCCGUAACUACUCAAGCCCAAGCCAUGACAGCUCACGCUACUAGGGGUAUUAAGAUUCAUGUGAACCUCAAUGUGAGUACUUUGGCUUCUAGGUUGAGAGACUUUGUGAGGAUGAGUCCUCUGGUAUUUCUUGGUUCCAUGGUAGGAGAAGAUCCCCAAGAGUUUUUGGAUGAGGUGUAUAAGAGCAAUAGGCCUAUAGGAGCGGGUCCUAUAGAAUGGGAAAAGUUUAAGAAAGCGUUCCUUGAUAGGUACUUUCCCCUUGAGAAGAGGGAGGUUAAGGUGGAGGAGUUUAUCAACCUUAGACAAGGUAACAUGAAUGUUCAAGAGUACUCUUUGAAAUUUACCCAUUUGUCUAAGUAUGCCCCAUCUUUGGUGUCAAACCCUAGGGAUGACAUGAGUAGAUUUGUUAUGGGUAUAUCUAACCUAGUUGAGGAAGAAUGUCGUACGACAAUGCUCCAUGAUGAUAUGAACAUAUCUAGACUCAUGGUGUAUGCUCAAUCUAUUGAGGAGUCCAAACUUAAGAGGAAGAAUAGGGAGAUCAAGAGAGUUAGAUCCGAUGAGAAAGGUCAACCAUGGUUCAAAAAGAGAGCUCCAAACCAAGAUUCUUCAAGCACUCCUAAGGUUAAGCAAGAGAAAGGUGGUGGAGCUCUAAUUUCUAAACCUACUUGCACCACUUGUGGCAAGAGGCACUAUGGGAAGUGCCUAGCCGGUACUAAUGGGUGCUAUGGUUGUGGGAAGAAUGAUCACCAAGUGAAAGAUUGCCCUACUCUUAUGGACAAAGGAAGAGUGUCAUGA